AUGACGACGUCGCCUGCCGCAGCACCUACGGCCGCCGUUGUUUCAGUCAUCGCUCAACCACCUGCACCCAACAAUGGUUCAACAAUCGCACCAACUCCUGCUACAACUUCAACAGCAGCAACUUCACCAUUUAUAGCAACCCAGACACCACUUAUUGAUUGGUCAAACUUCUCUAUUUUUUCCCAUGAACUUGAGGAACCCGCUGGACAUGAACCGGAAAAUAAAAAGAAACGCGGACGACCACCAGGCUUGCCGAACGCGAACAAAAUUCUGUGCGAGAUAUUGGUUACUAUGACUAAAGUGUUGGCUGGAACUGAAGCGGGAAAAGUCGAGGUAAAUAAAUCCGUCUCCGACCUUGUCGCUGUUUGUUCCAGAUUGGCAACGGCUGUUGAAUCACUCAACACCACUUUGUCAGCUAAUCAAUCUCCUCAACAACCUCAAAAAUCUGCAACAAUCCAAGUUUCAUCGAAAAAGUGUAAAUUGUACUCGGAAGUUGUUGCUAACUGCCCAGAAGCAUCUGUUAUUGAGAAAAGGCAAUUGCUUAACACUAUGUCGAACAUGGAGAAAAAGAACAAGCUCGCAGUGGUCGAGAAUCUUCCGGAUGCGAAGACUGAUGACCAAAAAUCGGCCGAUGAGAAAUUUAUCGCUGAAGUCUGUGCAGCCGCCAAUAUCAACACUCCAGCCGAAGUAUUCCGCGUCCAAUGCAAAUCAGAAGAAGUUGUGACUAGACCACUGAAAGUACGAUUCGAAAACGUUGCGGAUCGUGAUGAAUUUAUUGGCGCGUUUUCGAAAACUGCUCGAACCCUGCCAACUCGUCCAACUUCACCACGACUGAUCAGAUGUCGCCGAGAUAUGACUUCAGAGGAGCUGGUAUUAUUGCGCAAAUUGAGAAAAAAUGUGUAUGAGGCAAAUAAAGCAGCUGGUUGUUUGAAAUAUUAUGUAUAUGACUUGGAGAUUCGUGAAGCAAGAAAGCCGCUGCCACUUCCACCGGCCAAUGUUGAUAUAUUGAUGGAGCAAUAG